CGUAAUGUUUUCUUUUUAUUCACUACUCUGCAUAUAUGUGAACUGUACAAAAUUGCUGCUUACCAAAUGGAAAAUGCCGUGGAUGGAAAUUCGAUAGAAAUGGCCAGUUCCAAGAAGGAAAUCGUUAUACGCAACAAAAUAAUAAAAUCAAUGGAAAUUUAUAACUUAAUAAUAAAGUGGAUUAGGUAUCUGAAACAUAAUUUCUCAUUUUCCUGCCUAUUAUACUUUCUAGGAAUGUCAAUAUAUUACGCAGUGAUCAUGUUCAAUCUUUCUAGGACGAUGUUCCAUGGACAUAGUUUUGUCAUGAUUAUGAACUUCAUUAUGAUAAUAUGUGUUACACUGUUGGUUAUUGUUACAUACCAUACAAUACAAUGCAUAUUCGACGAAAGUCAGAAAUUCUUUUAUAUUCCAUAUACUAUGGAAUGGUAUAAUUUAUCGUUAUCAAUACAGAAAUUGCUACUUUUUAUUAUGCAAGGAAACCAUCAUUCAGCAGUAUUAAAUUUCUAUGGUACAUGGGUACCUACAUUCGAAAAUUUGAGCACGCAAUUCAAAUUAUGUUGGUCCUUCUUUAUGCUUAUGUAUUCCACUCAGAAAUAAUGACAACGACUAUAAUACGUUAGCGGACCAUAUAUGAUGCACCAGUUGAUAUACGUUAAUGUUGCCACCAUAAGAUGAUACUUUAUAUUAACAUCGCACGCAUUUAGAAUGUGUUAGAAAUGAUGCAC